UAACUCUCCUCAGUGGCAGAAACAGUACAGUAUUUCCAAAGCUUAGCCAGUUCUGAAAUCCUUGCAUUUCACCCAGGCAUCUGGUUAGUGUUUCUGAAGGAAUGGAUAACUGCAUGUGGUGCUUUCCUCCAUACCCCAGUCACUGCUGGACAAUCCCAACGCAAGCUAAAUCUUCUUUUACUGGCUUUCUAGCUAAUCCUAGUUCCAUCUACAGUCAUUCCUCCUUAGCAUCUCCUGCUUGUGUUGCUAGAUCACUCAAUAACACAAGGUGCUUAUAUCUGGGCCACUGCCCCCAUUUUCCUGUUUCAACAUGGAAGGCAGCAAAGAAUUUGGAGGGAUCAUUGGACAUUGCUGGGGUUCCUGUUCUGGCAAGAAGGGAAACAGAUGGAUACUAUUACCUUGGCACUGUAAUAAAGGAGAUACAGGGUGAGAAAAGAACAUUCCUUGUACAGUUUGCCAAGCCAGUUAUGGUGGGCGAGGGGGACACAUCUGUGCAAAAAACAGCCAGCAAUGACAUUCUGGAGUAUGUGAAUGGCAUGAGACACUCCAUACUGCCUGGUGACAAAGUGCUGGCACCUUGGGAACCGGAGCAGAAAAGAUAUGGCCCUGGCACCGUCCUCCUAGGCAUUGAAACCAGGGAUCCCCUGAGAGCCAAAGAAGAUGAAGAAAUUACUGUCAGCUUUUGGAAUGGCACGAAAGCAAAAGUCCCAGUAGGAAUAGCCUUGUGGAUACCACCAGCACAGUGGAAGAGAAUUGUGGAUAUGAUCCAUAGGCCUCUCACUAGCAGAAACAUGUUGGGAGGGCAACUUCAGCAGGCUAACUACUACAUAUGUUCAUGUCGGUCUCUACCAGCUCCUAUGCCUGCGUGUACUUUAGGUGGGCUCCAGUGGUCACGUUGCUCUUUUAUCUGUCCUGGUCAUAGUUCUUUUCACCACACAUGUCCUUUGCUUGCAUCCACACUGUGUGGCUGCUGUUGCCCUAAACCCAGUGGCUGGUGGCAAGAGCCCUCUUUACCCAUAUUGCACCAGGGUGACAGCAGAAAGCCCAGCACACAACAACUCCUAGCACUGGAAGGUGCUCCAAAAGAAGAAGCAGUAGCAGCUGCUGUCAUGUCUAGCUCUUCUUCAUGCUCCUCAGAUUCCCAAAGUAAUGAAGAAACAUGUCCAGCCAAGAUCUCAAUGGUAGAUCAUGCAGUGAACACAGAUUCUAGCCUUUUUGAUAAGCCCAAGCUACAAGAAACCAGGAGGCCAGACUGGAAAUACUGGAAGAGAAGCCAUCCCAAGUCCCAUUUGAAGAGCCAAGGUACACAACACUUCUGCUGAUUGAUUUUUUUUUUUUUUUUUUGCUAGAUCCUUAGCACUCUACCUGGCAUUGCCUCUUAUGAGGUGAAUGGCAAUACAGAUUUGUUUACAUAGCGGAUAACACAUGGAGCCCAAUAUCAUGGCAAUGUCAAUUUUGUUAUUUUCCAGUGAAAUAAAGGAGAGGAGCAGGGAGCAAAGCCUCAGUUUCAUAGAUGGUGCAUGACUGUUUACAGUAUAGCCCAGUAUUAUGGAGGACAAUUCCAAUCUAGGUGAGAGAAAGGGGUCAUAUAGCGCUAUAUUA